CUCUUGAGGACUUUAAUCUUCCACUCCCAUCAGAUGGUUUAUGCGAUAGUGGUGAGAAUCCAUUGAUAAACAAGCAUCUUGCUUUCGAUGUAGGCCAGCAACAUGCAUUGGCCACCACAAUGUUACAGUCACUGAAUGUUGAGUAAACCAAUGUGUAUUCAGCCGUUAUCAAUUCAGUACACAACAAGAUGGGCUGUGCUUUCUUCCUAUACGGCCACGAAGGUACAGGCAAAACAUAUCUCUAUAAUGUAAUUACAGCAAGGCUUAGGAGUUUGGGGAAAUAGUUGUUCUGGUUGCAUCAUCAGGUAUAGCAGCAACACUUCUUCCCAAAGCAUCCACAGCACAUUCAAGAUUCAAAAUUCCUCUGAUUCUGGAUGCAACAUCGACAUGUCCAAUUAAACACGACACACAUUUAGCUGAUCUGUUAAAAGAAGCAUCCUUAAUCAUACGGGAUGAGGCGCCCAUGACACAUUGACGAGCUUUUGAAGCAGUGGAUCACAGUUUAUACGAUAUAUUAAAUGUUCCGCUGAAUGGACAUAGCUAUAAACCUUUUAGAGGAAAGACUGUUCUUUUUGGUGGAGAUUUUCGUCAAACUCUUCCGGUUAUAACCGAGGCUGGGCGUGAACAAACAGUUGAUAGCUCAUUGACUAGAUCCAAAAUAUGGAGUUAUUUUAAAGUUAUGUAGCUAUCUACAAACAUGCGAAUCACAAAAGCCCAGCAUGCUGACCAACGACUAAUACAUGGAUAUACAUUCCCAGGAUGGGUCCUCGCUUUAGGAGAUGGAAAACUUAAAGCAAGAUCAUUCAGAGAAGAUGCCCCAAUUGAUUGGAUACAGAUUCCACAACUGUUCCUAAUUGAUCCUGGAUUUGAUCCUGUUCAGUCAAUCGUAGAUGAUAUCUAUGAUUCGUUCCCCCGAAAUCAUAGACACCCGGCGUACCUCACCAGUAGAGCCAUAAUUACUCCAACGAAUGCAACUGUUUCUACCAUUAAUAAUUUUAUGAUACAGAAUGUUCCAGGAAAUCCGACAACCUAUUACAGCUCAGACUCGCUACUGCUGUCGACAGAAACAGCGGAUUCGUUUGAUGAAAGCUAUCCAACUGAGUUUCUCAACACUCUUACAUUCAACGGAGUACCAGACCACGAGAUCACAUUAAAGGUAAACACACCAGUUAUGCUCUUACGCAACUUGAACCCUGGUCUUGGCUUAUGCAACGGCACAAGAAUAAUGAUCACAUCGUUGGAGGACAACUAUAUAAAAGGCAACAUUAUGGGCGGUUCUUAUGACACUGAUGAGGUCAUUAUACCAAGAAUAGUGUUGAAUGUGGAGAACUCCAAGUGGCCCUUUAUACUCAAAAGGAGGCAAUUUCCAGUGCAAUUAUGCUAUGCGAUGGCUAUAAAUAAAAGCCAAGGACAAACACUCGAAAAAGUUGGGAUAUAUUAGCCUGAACCAGUGUUUAGUCAUGGCCAACUCUAUGUGGGAGUUUCAAGAGUAAAAUCGGCAAGAGGUUUGAGGAUUCUUAUAGAAAACCCACCAGAAAUACCUCAUCACUUUACAAGAAACAUAGUCUUCAACGAAGCAUUUGCCAAUAUAGUGGAUACCUAAACUACUUAUCAGGUAAUUCCAUUAAACCUAUUAAACUAAAAAUGUUCGCAUCAGUAAAUGUGGAUGAAAUAAAUUGUUUUUUCUUUUGUAGGAUCGAAGAAAUUCACUGACGCACUCACUUUGACUAUUGCCUACCCACCGGUUAUUGUAUUUUGUCCGUAUAGAAGACCCUGAUGUUUGUAUCUUAAUAGUUCAGAGAGGUGAAUGUUUUGUCUUGAUCAUGCGUCCAAAUCAUGAAUGAUCAAGAACUACAUUCACCUUCUUUUGGCGAUCAGUUCCUCAAACACAUAUUGCAGUUUAUAUCAUAUAAAUGGAAGCUCUGAGUUAUUAGAACCGUAUUUAUCUAAAUUUUAGAUAAAAAAACUCAAUUUUGUACAAAUUGCCUCGCCUGGACCACAAUCCACAAAACUAUAGGGCAAUACGAAGAUAAAUCAGAAAACAUACAGGCCCGUUGUUCAAGCCCAUAAUACAAUGACCAAUGUAAACCCUUCAUAGUCACAAACAUGAUUUAAAUAAAAGCCCAUAAUAUAGGCCCGUCCAAACCAAGCGAUCCUCUUUAAAACCCUAUCCUCCCUCAUCAACCAUCGAGAACCGUCGUCCACAUCUUCAUCAACCUUUCUCCGCCGAGGAAGCCCCACCACAGAAACUAUCAGACAAACUUUAAAACAAAGGUAAGUCCAUGUCUCUCUCUUCUUCACCGCUUUUACUGCUGAAACAACAUUUCUGGUCGGUAUUUGUAUUGUUCGCACAAAGACCCCACUUGGCAUGGAGAGUUUAGCCAAAAAUCGUCAGUCAACAGAUGGCGCUCACAUGGUCCCCACCGAUAGCAAAGGUGAGCAACUUCCAUUUUCGUAAACAAAUCCUCCCAACAAUCUCGAUUCCUCUGCAAGAAAGAUAAAAAAUCCAU